AUGUCAUCUGACUCUACACCUCCCCCAGGUGUCCCCGCUGGAACGCCAAGUGCUUCAAAUGCAGAAAUCAAGAACGACCCUGCAAAAACAGGGUUUUCUCCAGAGAUCUCAUGGUGGAUGAACUACUUCAAGAUGCUCUCGGGCCAAAUGACACCCGAGGGCAAAUUCUUCUUCCGAGAGUACACAACGGAAAUCGAGGAAGAAAAAGACUGCAAAGCUUGUGAGAGAGACCGCGACUGGCUCUUUACCUAUUCACCCGUCGUUCGCUUCAUGUCCGACAAGAUUCAAGCCCUCAAUGGACGAAUAGACCCUUCCAAUGUUCACUGCCGUCGCUGUCCCUCCUCUCUGAGGGCUGAUGGCUCUGUCAACUGGCAAUCUGGUGGUUUCAGCCCCAAUCAUGGCAUCCUCAUAUGUGCCAACCACAUCAAGAACCGAAAGCAUCUCGAGGAUACGCUUGCGCAUGAGAUGGUGCAUGCCUGGGACUACGUUCGGUGGAAGAAUGUCGACUUUAUGGGCCAAAAGGACUUGAAGCACGCCGCAUGCACAGAGAUCCGAGCUUCAAUGCUCAGUGGCGAGUGCAGAUGGACAAAAGAGGCUUUUGUUCGAGGGAAUUGGAGACUGACGCAGCAAUUCCAAAAUUGCGUCCGCAGACGAGCCAUUGAUUCUGUCACGGCCAGAUCCACGUGCAAGGACGACGUCCAAGCAACCAACGUUGUCAACCAGGUUUGGGACUCUUGCUUUGCCGACACGAGGCCAUUCGACGAGGUUUAUCGAUAA